GACUACUCUUUCUCAUACGGUGCUUUGCUUUGCGGUUUGCUUAUCUCAUUCUCUUCUAUUCGCAAGCUAUCCCCUAAUAUACAAAACAAAUUCCCCCCAUUUAUAUAACAACAAAAAAAACCAGACAUUUCUUAGAGAAAGUACUACUUUUAUUUUUUUUUAUAAAAAACUGUAAAAAUACGUGUAAAUCACAUAUCGAAACACACACUACAAAUUUUGUAUCAGAGAAGAAACUUCUGAUCUUGUUCCCCCUCCCUUUCUCUCUCUCUCCUAUUGCCUUCAUUUUCAGGAUGGAUGAAUUUCUUUUGUUCAUAUUUCGGUAUUUAUGUAUUGGAAGUUUUGUAUUUUGAGAUGUGAAAAUUAGGGCUAGGAAUUAUUGGUUUGUGUUGUUUUUGUGGUUUCUUUAUUGUGAAUAUUUUGGAAUGGGUAAUAAGUUGGGAAGGAGGAAGCAAGUGGUGGAUGACAAGUACACUAGGCCUCAGGGGUUGUACCAACACAAGGAUGUGGAUAUUAAGAAGCUUCGUAAACUCAUUCUUGAUUCCAAGCUCGCGCCUUGCUAUCCUGGUGAUGAUGAUUGUCCCAACUCUGACCUCGAGGAAUGCCCCAUUUGCUUCUUGUAUUAUCCUAGUUUAAACCGUUCAAGAUGUUGCAUGAAAGGCAUUUGUACAGAGUGUUUUUUGCAGAUGAAGACCCCCAAUUCAACCCGUCCAACACAAUGCCCAUUUUGUAAAACAUCAAAUUACGCGGUGGAAUAUCGCGGGGUUAAGACGAAGGAAGAAAAGGGGAUAGAGCAGAUUGAGGAACAACGAGUUAUAGAAGCCAAAAUAAGGAUGAGACAGCAGGAGCUGCAGGAUGAAGAAGAGAAAACGCAGAAACGAAAAGAGCUUAGUUCUUCCAGUAGUAUCGCUGGACCAACACCAUCUUUUGCUUCUGCUGUGGAAGGCGGAGAAGCCGUUACUUCUCAAGAGACAUGUGCAGCUUCAACAAUUAGACAGCCUCAGCGCAUGAGGCAGAAUAGGGAGGAUGACUUUGACCUGGAUCUUGAGGAUAUAAUGGUUAUGGAAGCCAUAUGGUUAUCCAUACAGGAGAAUGGCAGAAAUCGAACUAUGGACUACAGUGAUGUUGGUCCAUCAGAACAAUAUACAGCGGAUCAUCAAUGUGUCCCAGAAGUCAAUGCCCCUGCAGCUUCAGGAUCAUCUUCCUCUCCUUCUGGCGGUCUUGCUUGUGCAAUUGCAGCCCUUGCUGAGCGCCAGCAAAUGGGUGGAGAGCCCAGUAACUAUAGUCGGAACAUGUCAUCGUACAAUGAGCAUCUUGCUUGUGAUAGGUUUUCCAAUAGGGAGGAGAUAGAGAAUGAUGAUUACUCUCAUGCUGAGAGCACCAUGCAUGUGUCACCUGAAAGGCAGCUGGAAAUACCGAGGGACGAUGGUGAGUGGGCUGAUCAUGGGUCCAUGGUUGCUGAAGUUGGAACUAGUUAUGCAGUCUCUGACGAAAUGGAAGAUGAUGCUUCAUUCCCUUUGCAAGGUGAAAUGGUAAGUGAUCUUCAACCCACCACCGGUUCAAUAGUUCCUGAGAAUUUUGAAGAGCAGAUGAUGUUAGCCAUGGCUGUUUCACUGGCUGAGGCAAGCUCGCGGUCUAAUCCACCUGGAGUGUCAUGGCACUAGUAGUGCUUGUGAUGUGGGGUUGUGUGGAUUCCCCUCAUAUUGCUUCGCCACUCAUCAGAAAGGAAAUGAAAAAAAAAGACGAGAAAAAGAAAAUGCAAUCAGUUUUUUAAUCUCUUGUCCUCUACCUUUCGCCCUUUCUGUUUUCUUACUUUUCCUCCCUUUUGUAGUCUGGUAUACUGCUGUACGAAAACAGAGAAAUUGAUUUUAGUGAAUGAAUGUUGUUUGAGCCUGCACAUAACAGGUUUAUAAGUUCA